AUGCUGCUGCGCGUCGCGUUCCCUGUGUUCCUCGCGCUGCUCCUGCCGCCGCAGAAGACAUGCCACGGAAGAGAAUUGAGCGGCGUGCGCGAUCGUCGCGACGCCCAAGCGGAGGAUAACAACGCGUCGCAGACGCUGCUCUCCGUCACGUCGAUUCCAACGUCGAAGCUCGACGAGUCGAAGGUCGAUCUUCUGGUGGCCGCCUCGGGCCAUCAGGGUCAUCGUCACGAGUCCGGCGGAGGGCAGAGUCAUCACUCGGAUCAUCACGAGGAACACGGCGCGGAGGGCGAUAAGGGGUACAAGAGUCAUCAUCAUCACGACAAGAACGACAAGGGUGAGCACGAUAAGCAGCAUCAUUCUGGGCAUCACGAGGAGCACGGUGGGAAUAAGAAGGGACACCAUGACGAGCAGGAGAAGUAUGGAGAACAUCACGAGGGUGAGAAGGGGCACAAAGGUGGGAAGUUUGGGGAGAAGAAGGGUCACAAGAAAGGUCACAAGACUAAAGGAUAUCAUAACAAGUUCCAUAAAGACGAGUAUCACAAGGAGCAUAAGUUCUACGACGAUUACCACAAGGGCGGACAUCAUAAGAAGCACGGUGACUUCCAUGGACAUCAUGAGAAGAAAGAGGGACAGCAUAAGAAGGGAGAGCAUCAACAUUCUGGAUACCACGAGGAUCAUCAAGGGAAGAAAGGACACCACGACAAGGGCCAUCUUGACGAAGAGCACAAAGGUCAUCAUGGCAAACAUGGACACGACGAGCACUAUAGUCAUCACGAUGCUCAUGGGAAGAAGGGUGAUCAACAAUCUGGGAAAAAGUAUGGAUACAAUAAAGGACACAAGGGUUGA